CAACGAAACCGUGCAAUGUGGAGGUUAGAGUUGGAUUGGUAUUCUCCGCGUCGGCUUCUGAGUAGUCCCAUGAAAUAUGACUUUCCGGGUGAUCGUUUCAUACCAAACAGAAGUUUGAUGGAUCUUGAUCAUGUCCGCAGCCUGUUGACAAGCACUACAAAAGAAAGCAGUGGCUCGAUGCUCGAUUCACCCGCCAAUUCAAAGUUCAAUGAUUUGUACCGGAAAAGGGUGGAGGAGAAUCUGACAUUAGAUUCUGAAGGGAAGCCUUUUCGGAUGCUGGUUUUCAGAGGAAGCCCAAAAACCUGUAGAAGAUCCCUUUGUACAACAGAUAGUACGCAGCAGGAGAAGCUGGAGUCGUUGGAGAAUGCCAAGCAAUUUCGGCAGUUUCCCAAGUCAGAAUCAAAGAUCCUGGAUGCACCAAGGCUCAAAGAUGAUUACUACCUUAAUAUCAUGGACUGGGGGCAGAACAAUAUUCUUGCUGUAGCCUUGGGAUCAGAAUUAUAUCUCUGGAAUGCUGAAAGCAGAAAGGCUCGGAAACUGAUGUCAGUAGAUGGUGAAGAUGAUUAUCCCACAAGUGUUGCAUGGUCUCAGAAUGCUAAAAUGUUAGCAGUUGGACUCUCCUGCUCUGAGCUUCAGCUCUGGGAUGCUGAAACAUCCCAACUAGUGCGAAGACUUGAAGGCCAUGAGAACAGAGUUGGAAUCCUUGCCUGGAAUGGCCACCUUCUAACAUCAGGGAGCCGUGACAGAUAUAUCAUCAAUCAUGAUGUGAGAUCAAGGAGGAAUCUGACUUCCUGCAUAAGAGCACACAAUGAAGAAGUGUGUGGUCUGAAAUGGUCAAGCAGGGGAAAUCUAUUGGCAAGUGGGGGCAAUGACAAUAUCAUCCACAUAUGGGAAGCUUCCAACAUGAGAUCAUCCAGUUUCUUGCAUCGUUUCACGGAACACCAUUCAGCGGUCAAGGCCUUCGCAUGGAGUCCAUAUGAGUUCAAUAUACUGGCAUCCGGAGGUGGUACAAAUGAUCGGUGUAUUAAAAUAUGGAAUUCACAGACAGGGAAGUGCCUUAACAGUAUAGAUACCAAAGCGCAAGUAUGUGGGUUGCAGUGGAAUCGGCAUCACAAUGAGAUCUUGAGCGGCCAUGGGUUCAGCCUGCACCAGCAUGAUCAAACUAAGCUAUGCUUGUGGAAGUACCCCUCCUUGUCAAAAAUUGGAGCAUCACCACGCCAUGAGUCUAGGGUCCUGCACCUUGCACAGAGCCCAGAUGGACUAACUGUGGUUUCCGCUGAGACAGAUGAAACUCUUCGCUUCUGGGAGACCUUUGGACCACCUCGGACCGACAAUUCAAGAUUGACAGAUCUGGAUAGCCUGCUUUCUUUUAAAAGAUUUCAGAUAAGAUGAAUAAAGCAUAUGGGUUCGAUAGAAAUAGAAUUUUUGGAGUUUCUUUAUUGGAAUUCCUCUGGUGGAGAUGUAAUUGGAAUAUUUGCUCA